UAAACUAUUGCGAAGCAACCGAAGAAAUUGACGAUAAUGACGUAUGGGUAGAAGAACUAUAUAAUAUAGACCAGCCACUUACCGAAAAAUGGAGAGGUCGCCCUCCCAAAAAUCUGGUAAAUAAUGCAGUAAAUCAGAAACGUAAAAGAAAGAGAAUGGUUUCCUCACCUCCAUUAAAUUUUGACGAAGCAAUGGCUCUGAAAAAUGAUAUCGAAGUAUUUCGCUCCAGCCAAAAAAAUGUUCCAAUUAUGCAUACGGAUAAAGGCAAGCAAAAAGAACAAAUACUGACAAUUGAUGAAUCAGAUGACUACGAUGAAGAUGACGUCGAUGAAAUAUUUGAUGAGAUUGAAUAUGAAAGCGAAGAGUUAGAAGAGCUCGAAGGUUUUUCAUCCAACUGUAUUUCAACCUAUGAAGAAAGUGUUGAAGAAAUAGAGUCAGAGGAAAUGAAUAAAAUUAUUGAAAUAGAAAGCCUGGCAGUUUGUUUGGCGGUAAUGGAAGAAAUACCAACUGGAAAAACAGCCUCC